CAUCAUUCCUUGAGCAGAAUAGUUCAUUGAACUAGAUCGUUUCAGAACCACACAACUCUACUGCAGAAACAAAAACACUACUGGUCACUGAUAGGUUUGAGUCAGUCCAGAAAUGAAUAAUAACAAUCCAAACAUAAUUUUUAAUCCCCUGAUAAGUGCUAUUCAGAAAGUGGUGCUUUAUGAAACACGAACGCGUCUUUAUUUGGUGGGCAGUAACAACAGGGAGACGCGCUUUCGUCUGCUGACCAUUGAUAGGACUCAACAUGAUCGUCUGGCCAUUGAUGAGAAUCCCAAUGAAUAUAAUGCAUUGGAGAUUCGCCGUUUCGUGGGAUCGUUGGGUGGACAGCCCAAGGUAACAUCGGCCUAUGGUGUUUUGGGAUUUGUUCGUUUUCUCGAAGGAUACUAUUUGAUUUUGGUAACAAAGAGAAAAUCAUGUGCGCAUUUGGGUAUGCAUUUGAUAUACACGAUUAAGGACACGGUAAUGGUUAAAGUCAAUGAACCAUUGAAUACAUUGAAAACACCACAUCCAUAUGAGGAACGCUACAAAAAGAUGUUUCAAAAUAUUGAUUUGCGUAGCAAUUUCUAUUUUUCGUAUUCGUACGAUUUGACAAGGACAUUGCAAUAUAAUCUGUCGGCUCCGCGUUAUGUUGGUCCAAAUGUGGAUAUAGAAGUUGAUGAACCCUUACCCGAAUGGGACUCUUUGACGAACAAUGUGGAAAAGGCCAAUGAACGGGUGGAUUACGCCUAUCGUAGUUGUUCACGUAAACGCUUUGUAUGGAAUGCUUUCCUGUUGGAACCCAUGAAGGGAAUUAUGUUGAGAGAUUGGUUGUUGGAGGUAACCCAUGGUUAUAUAAGUCAAUCGUGUAUAAGUAUAUAUGGAAGAAGGGUUAAUGUUUGUUUGAUUGCCAGAAGAAGCACCCGAUAUGCUGGUACACGUUUCCUCAAACGUGGUGCCAAUUUCCGUGGCGAUGUUGCAAAUGAAGUGGAAACAGAGCAGAUUGUAAGUGACGGCCAUAAUAUGUGUUCGUUUACACAAAUGAGAGGGUCUGUGCCAUCACAUUGGUCUCAGGACAUUAGUAAAAUGGUACCAAAACCGCCAAUACAAUUGGAUAUUUCAGAUCCCUAUGCCCAAACUCCGGCCAGGCAUUUCGAACGUUUGCUUUUCCACUAUGGAUCACCGCUAAUAAUGCUUAAUUUGGUCAAGAAGCGUGAAAAACGUCAGCAUGAAAAUAUAAUUGCCAAGGAAUUGGUGAACUCUAUACGUUAUUUGAAUCAAUUCUUGCCACCACAACAUCGCAUGAAAUAUAUUCCAUUCGAUAUGGCACGAAAAAGUCGUGGCGGCGGCAAUGUAAUGGAAAUGUUGGCUGAUAUUGCUGAAUUUGUUGUCCAGCAGAACGGAAUGUUCUUUAAGGCCAGAGGGCAGCCGUUGACAUUUCAAACUGGUAUAGUUCGAACCAAUUGUGUUGAUUGUUUGGAUCGUACAAAUACGGCACAAUUUGCCAUUGGGAAAUGUGCCUUGGGCCAUCAGUUAGAACGUUUGGGUUUCAUUAAGUCUCCGAAUUUGGAAUUCGAUUCGGUUUGUGUGACAAUGUUGGAAAAUCUCUAUGAAGAACAUGGUGAUACAUUGGCUCUACAAUAUGGAGGAUCCCAGUUGGUACAUCGCAUCAAGACAUAUCGCAAAACAGCGGCAUGGGCCUCCCAGGGCAAUGAUAUAAUGCAGACGUUGAGUCGUUAUUACAGCAACACUUUCAAUGACACCGAAAAGCAGCACAGUAUAAAUUUGUUUUUGGGUUAUUAUAUACCCAGUAAAAGUCAUACAAAACUUAACCAGCCUAUUUGGGAGUUACAAAGUGAUUACUAUAUGCACAAUGCCUAUAGGCCUCUGUCGCCCAGACAUGAAACCCGUCUCAUUACCGAUUGGGUGCGGUUGAAAAUACGCAAAUGUUUGCCCUACUCAUGUUCCGACUCCAAUCGAAUUGUUAAGGAACUCUUUCGUGUUCAUACUCGAGAUUUGGAAAUGAUUGAUGGCUAUUCCAAUUUCUAUCAAUCUUUCAAAUGGACUGAACUGAAUGAACAUAUCUCAUUUGAAAUAAGUCAAGUUGCUAUGAGACAUUUGCCAACAUUCCGUACCAAUUACUCGCCAUUCCAAAAACAGAUACAAGAGCGUAAAAAACCUAAAAAUCCCUCACUUACUGGCCAAAGUUCAACCAGCUCUACGGCUAGUAAUGAUUCUAGUUCAUCGUCGGAGGCCGAUGAUACCUCAACGGAUGAAGAGUUCAGUGCAAGUCUGUCUCUAAAGGAGCAGAAUCAAAAGCAAAGUAAAGAAAUUGAAACAUCAAUUACUCUGGAGUCGUUAUUGCCACCAAUGGAAGAAGUUUAUGGUUGUAAAGUGAGUAAUCCCUCCAAGGAGAGUAUGGAUAUUUAUAAACGUUAUGUACAAAUUUCGAAACUAACUGGCAAUGGAGCUGCUGCAAUGGGAAAUUCUAUGAAUACGGUCGCCCAAUCCAAUGCAAAUGGUAUACAACUACGUAAUUUGCCGGGUAUCAAUUUGAAGCCACUGAGUGAUUAUGGUACCGAUUCAUAUCUGUCGGUUAAACCACCCACCGUCAGUGAGGAAAGUUUACGCAUUUACGAGGAAUAUUGUAAAAUUCCCAGAAACUUUAAUGCUGUACCAAAAAUUGAUGAAUUCGAUCAGUUGUAUCGUUAUGUUUUAAUGUUGUAAAUUUAUGUUAUGUUGAAUAUUUAAUAAUAUAUGUAUAUUUAAUAAUUAAUAAAAUAUAUAAACUAUAGCAAGAUGGACAUUCGUUUGAAGAUGUCGGGGUUAACAACAACGUGUGAAAAUCCAUUAUUUUUUUAUUUUUUAUAAAGUCUAAAUCUCCUUUGAACAUGUCUAUGAAAGGCCAAGGGAAUAUCUAAUUUAAAAAAUAGUUAACAUUUGUUCAUUUGAAAUUUUCGUUUAUUAUUUUGUUUGUAAAAUACUAUUAACAACAAUACAUUUUCAUAUGUUACUAUUAUUGCCUAACAAAACCUUGAAUUUGUUCUAUUAUAACAUUUAACAAAAAACAAAUAAUGUUUUAUUCUCUUGUUUGGAAUGGAUAACAUUCAAAAUGCCUAAAAGUACACUACAAUAUAUGAAUUUUAAAUAAAAGCCUAAAAUGUGGGUUUCUCCAAUUUUCAGUUAGAAUCAUCUUGCUUGGCCAUCCUCCAAAUUUCCCUUAUUCACUGUUGAUGUUGUAGGCAUCUCAUGGCCAUCGUCUCGGGAUGGUGGCGGUGCAGUGUCGCGUGGCUUUUCCAUUUGCACAUGCAAAUGCAUUGGAUUAUAGCCAGAUUUUUGCCCAGUUACAUGGACAUUUGUACCCACAACUGUUGGUUUAUAGA